AUGGAGGUUUACAUCGAUGACAUGGUUGUCAAGAGCCAGGAAAAAUCCCAACAUAUCAGGCACCUGGAAGAAGUCUUCAAUAUACUGAGAAGAUACUGCAUGCAGCUUAACCUAAAGAAGUGCGCAUUCGGCGUUUCUUCAGGGCAGUUCUUAGGGCAAAUAGUGAACAAGCGAGGCAUCAAGCCCAACCCAUCGAAGGUGGAGGCACUGCGAAGUAUGCCUGACCCAAGAACACCUAGGGAUGUGCAGGUUCUAACUGGGCGAAUAACGACUCUCAGCCGGUUCAUUUCAAGAUCGUCAGAUCGUUGUAAGCCAUUCUUCCAGGCAAUUCGAAACAAGGACAGAAGCGUAUGA